AGUUCCAACUUCAAAUCUUCCAACAAAUGCCGGGCAUUCGCUUCAAUGGAGUUGCUGCUCGAAAUGUUCGGGAUAAAAAGAAGAAGAGUCAAUCGACGACGACACAAAAAACAGGGCACACACAAAACACAACAGGCACUGCUGAUGGUUUUCGGGGCCUUGACCAAAAAGAGAUUGAUCAGCUUCACAAGGAACUUUAUGCACAAGCGAAGAAGAAAAAUAAAGAGAAAUAUGGCACGACGAGUGAAGGUGGUACCACACGCCAUGGAACAACGGGCGGUAAAACAACUGGUGGUGACACAACAACAGGACUCACUGAAGGCACCGGACUCACGAAUAUUGAUCAACAGCUCAAAAAAAUAAAUGCGUUGCUCGAGAAUGAUGAAAGCGAACCUGGAACCGAAAAACACGACGGCCCGUUCGAUAUUCAGAAGCAUCGCAAUUGGCUGAACCUAUUCAAAGUUGAUGAGUACGACUACAUGCUUCAAUAUGCGAAUGGAACGGAGGCACCGUUGAUCAAGCCACAGUACAAAGAUGAAGCCGAAAAUGUGAUUUUUGGCGAAGAAGUUGAGCUUAAAUUUGACUUGGCCCAAACCAAUCAUAGUCUCUUGAAGUACGCGAAUGAAGUGAUGAGCAAAGUGGUUCCUCCAAAGCUGAGACAUAUCAAUGCAGCAACUGUGACUUCUUACCGCUACACAGCUCCUCACACAAACAUGUGCUUCAAUCCUCUGCAGGCGAUUCGAGCAUGGGCUCUAUUGGGCACACUUGCUAACAAUAAAACUUUCACGGAUAUCAUGAAGUUUGUUGAAAAGUGUACCGCAGCAAAAUUCGUCGACGUAGAAACUAUGAGCAGUCAACUUUUCGCACUUCAUUACACUGCGGAAGAGAUGUUUCAUGGUUGUGUUCGUGCGUUCACGGAAUUGCCACUCCACCUGGAAAAGAACUACGCUCUUCGCGACUUCCAGAACCAAUAUUAUGGUGGAAAGAGCCGUCGAUUCGCACUUCAACAUCACAGUUUUGCCACUGAUCCAGAUGGAUUGUAUUCUUGUCAUCGAAUCAAUGAGGAGAUAUCUCGUUCAACACAUGAUAGAGUGCGCUAUGUGGUUCCCGAGAAUUGCGCUCCAAAUUGGAGAGCUUCAAUUGCGAUUGCAUCUGCAAUGGAUUGCACGUUUGAGUGGGUCGUUGAGAAGAAACUUGGCUUCUCGGAAAAUUUUCAAUUUUUUUGUGCAAAAUACGGAUAUUCGAAAUGCAAUGCGUUACAUGCUGGAGCCAUGGUUGCAGUUUAUGGUGAUGUCUAUCGACUUGCUAGUGUUGACGAAAAUGUUAAGCUCUUCAUUUAUUUUGAGCCCCCAGAAGAUGUGGAUAAAGAGAAGUCUAUCAACCCGAAAAUGUUUGCAAACAUUUUAGCAACUGAUUGCUUCAAAGAAACGCUUUAUGACGUCUGGAUUCCCGAUUGUACCACCUCAACUCCUCUAUCCCUCUAUGAGCACGCAAAAGCCAACGGACUCUCCAGAAUUUUCUCCUGUGAAAAGUCGGAAUUGCUUCAGAUGCGAUGUAUCCCAACUGGUGGUGCCCCACAAUUUUCCACUCUUUUCGAUCAUUACCACAAGGCUGUUUUUAACAUCCAGUAUUCGGAUGAAAAGAAAAAAGAGGAAAAUGUCAGCGAACCACACAAGCGUAAAAAAAAGACGGAAAGAACGAUUGACGUGUUGGCUCCGAAUAGAUUGCACCAGUGUAUCGAUGAUUCGUCAGCCUCUUCGUUCGGAAAAUAUCAGUUGAAAACUUUUGAGCUGAGCCAAGAUGUCAAAGUUAAACUUCGCAAUGUAGAUAAGGCUGAGGAAAAAAAACCGAAAGAUAAGAAGCAGAAAGAAGCUGAAAAGCAGUUCAGAGAGGAUUUUAAACGGAAAUGGGGUCCGCUGAUGACGUACCACGAGGAUCAUUUGAAGUGUGUCCAGCCAAGUUUUGAACCUACCCAAAGUGACACUCAAUUUGAAGAUAAUAAACAAUACCAUGGGCAUCCUGAAUUCACUCUCAAUUUUGGAAAACCAUUCUACUACAUUAUGACGCGUAUGCUCAAUGGCGUUCCGUUUAUUGUUUGCGUUGGAUACUUUAACAACACAACUUGGGUGAAAAAGAGAAAGUGAUUGAAGUCGAAAAACUUGAAAGAAAAAUCAAUAAAUAUAAUCUCAGAUCAAAUUAAUUGAUUAUCGAUUCAAGUUCAGUGUGUUGUGAAAUAAAUCUUUUGAUUCUGA